AUGGUGAGGAAUAAACUCCCGAGUGUUGAUGAAGAUGAAGCAUUCUAUCGCCUUGCUGCUGAUGCCAUCAAUUAUGUCAGAUCUCCAUCAUUUCAACCCAAUGCUGGUAAUACGCCAUCGCUUAUAGUCCAUGAAUUGACAUUGAGACUGACAAACAUGAACAAAGAAGUAGCGGUGCCUCACAUCAAACCACAUUUAAUACCAAUGUCUUUGGAUGAUCAUGUGGAGCAAAUAAUUCCUAGUAUAACGGCGCAAGUACGACGAGAGAAGUCUGGUAUAAAAACUGCAUCGAUAGAGCCGCCUAAUUACCUAUAUGACAAUGGUAAGCACACAAGAAGGCGAAGCAAUCAGAAAAUAUACCCUUGUAAUAUUUGUGGAAUAAGCUAUGACAAGUUGACAGAUUUGAGAAAGCAUGAAAGAGCCUCCCAUGAGCCUAAACAAGAGAAUGUAUGUAUGAAUUGUGGAAAGAAGUUUGCUAGAAAAGAUGCCCUAAAGAGGCAUUUCGAUACUGUUUUAUGCCAUGUUGAUAAAAGAAACAAUCAGAUAUCACCACGAGAACGAAGUAAAUGA